ACAAUGUUUUGCUGUAAAGAACUCAAACUACUCUAUGCGACUGUUGUUCUUUUACUAGAGGCGGAACUCCUUGUGAACACAAGCGCUAUGGAGAAGUCUUCCAUGUUGACACAAAAUUCUGAUGACUUAAAGUCUUUAGAAUUGUGUACGUCAAGAAACCAACAAAGAUUGGGUAGUGUCUUCGGGAAUUUUACAAGACAUCACAAGAAAGGUCACAGAAGAAGAACAACAACAACAUCAUCAACACAAACAACAAUCAUUUACACAACAAUUGAAAAUGAUGAUGAGACCACAGAAUCAUCCUCAACGAUGGCAUUGUAUCUUACAACCGAAUCCAUAUAUCCAAAGUUACCGAAACCGCUACGUCUAUCAUCAACAGUAUUAGAAAAUGACUAUGAAGAUGUACACAAUAUAGAUCAUAUUAUAGAAGCUGAAGUGAAUGAACUUAUUAAAGAAAGACAUAAAUCUAAACAUAGAGAGGUCUUAAAGGAAUUAGAUGAAGUAUCAUUAACUAAAAAUUUUAAUAAAGUUAAGAAAAUGUACAGAGAUUCGUCAGCGUCAGCUGUUAAUAAGUUAAGUGUGAAGGGAGCUAAGAGUGGUAUAUUUUUGACUGAAAAUUGUACGACAGUGGUUGCGCAGAUUGGUACCACUGCAAUUCUGCAUUGUGAAGUUAGUGACAUUACUGAAAAUACGGUAACGUGGAUCAGAAGAAAGGAUUAUUCGCUACUUUCAGUGGGAUUGGUGACCUACUCUGCCGACAGCCGGUUUUUCUCUGCACACGGGAGACACGUAAAGGACUGGGCUCUCCACAUACGGUUCGCAACGUCGGCAGACGCGGGUUACUACGAGUGUCAAGUGCCAACUCACCCUCCUACUAGCAUAUUCUUUAAGCUCGUGCUAGUUGCGGCGUAUGCGGAGAUAGUUGGAGAAUCGGAGAAGAUAAUUCACGAAGGUUCAAUGCUGCGAUUGGUAUGCGUCGUGAAAAGAUCCACCGAGCCACCUUCGUAUGUCUUCUGGUACUUUGAAAAUCGGAUGAUCAACUACGACUUGAAUGGCGUGAGUGUCCACAACGGACGACAGACCAGUGAGCUAGUGAUUGGCAAGGCUGAGCCUCGUCACGCAGGCAACUAUACUUGCGUCCCUGCUAAUGCCAAAGCUGCCUCGGUCACCGUUCACGUUGUCCAAAGUGAAACCCCAGCUGCCAUGCAACAUGGCAACAACUCAGCGGUGACCAUACAACAAAUACAUACAGUCAUACAUUUUUUAUUAACCAUAAUAUCGUUCAAGAUAUUGCUACUGACACAUCUCUACGGGUUUGGCUAACGUUGUUCAUUUAUAAUAAAUAUGUACAUAAUACUAUAAAAAUUAUAAUCAAAGUACAGUGCAAUGGGCAUAGUUAUUUGGUUUCGGAUUGUGUUAAGUUGUGUGAGAAAUAGACUUUGUUUAGAGAGUAGUCAAGGCGCAGCCAUACUUUGUAACUAUUUAGUAUUUUUCUUCGUAAAUAUUAUAUCAGGUUUUGGUUUAUAAUUGCUUCAGAACUAUACUACAAUAUAUU